CGCCAUCGAACCCACAUGGGUGUCUCAACAGAAAAAUGACGAUAUUAAUAAAGCCGCCGACCGAUCCGGCGCCAUGCCUAUCUUUGGUGCGGAUGCCAACUCCUCGUCGGUCCUCUUCGCCAAGUGCGGUAGCACCAUUUUCUGCAUUGGCCGCAGCGCGUUUCUUUGGCUCGUUGUCGUGGCCGCGUUUCUGCUGGGCGCGCUGCGAAACCGCCUCUUUCCCGUUGCGCGCCGCAGCGUCCCCGGGCGCGUUGUCGAUAAAAAGAAGCCGUGAUAGGAUUGAAAAUCACAGCACACACAUACACGCAGAGAGAGAGAGAGAGAGAGAGAGAGAGAGAGAGAGAGAGAGAGAGAGAGAGAGAGAGAGCGGGAUAGAGAGGAAUAACAGACAAGAUGGCGGUCGGCACGCUCGCCCUCUUCUACCCGGUGUUCCUGCCCAUGAGCGCCACGGCCAUCGCCUACCUGGGCCACCGGGCGCUCUACGUCGAUUGGCGCGCCGUGCUGACGCACUUCUUCACCGGGCCGGGACGCACCAGCCGGAUCCUGCUGGCCUUCUUCUUGGUCUUGAACUGGAAGAGCUUGCCACUGGCAUGGACAGUCCGCGUCUUCCAUACCUUCAUCUAUCACAUCAUCCGGCGGCCCAAGAAGCUGCCCCAGCGGGCUCUCUUCCACUACGGCAUCUCGGCCUCUCGCACCUCGCUCCUCGAGACCGACUACAACAUCCACAAGAGCAACUCGACCUACUUUGCUGACCUGGACGUCAGCCGGUCGCACCUCGUCACCCACCUCCUUCAGCCCGGGAUGCCCAUCAUCGGCGACAACGCCAAGCACCAGCGGGUGCGCGACAAGAACGGCAAGCUGGUGGAGGGCGCCUUCGGCAUCGGGCUGGGCGCCGUCUUCUGCAGCUUCCGCCGCGAGAUCGCGCCGCUGCAGGGGUACGAGAUGUGGUCCCGCAUCCUGUCGUGGGACCGCAAGUGGCUGUACAUCGUGACGCACUUUGUCGUCAAGGGCAAGGUGCGCCCGACCGGCUGGGACGGCCGGCGCAUGGGCCCGACGCGCGAGCGGGUGGUCCUGGCCGACGGCAGCGGCGAGCCCGCCGACUUCAGCAAGUACGUCAUCGCCACCGCCAUCAGCAAGUACGUCUUCAAGCUCGGCCGCUUCACCGUCCACCCGGCCCUCGUCAUCGACGCCGCCGGCCUGCUGCCCGAGCGGCCGGGCGAGGGCUGGACGGGGGGCGAGACGGGCACGGGCACGCCCGAGGACCUCGGCGACCUGGACGAGCAGGGCGAAUGGGACUGGAGACGGGUCGAGGCCGAGCGCAGGAAGGGACUGCAGUAUGCCGAGCACUUUGCCGCCUUGGACGGCACCAACUCGCUCUUUGACGGCGGGGAGGAUGGCGCCGUCGGUUACUUCCCCCUGGGUUGAUACUAUUCAAGGGAAACGUUGCUAGACAGCGGAAGAGAGAGAGAAGGAGGGGGAGGGCCGGGGAAUUAAAGGCGAUGUUGUCGAUAUUUAUAAUCGUA